UGGACACAGCUGCUGUUAGUAGGACAUAUUCAAGGGGAAACAUUUAGUUCUGAUUCUAAACGAUACAGUUGGAGUUGUUUUAAGGGUUAGACGAGUACCACGUCGUUACGUUGUUUUAAAGAUGCACAGUCUCACUAAAACGGCACUGUCUUUCAAUGGAAUCGGGUGGCGGUGUGUUUCUCUGAACCGUUUUUCAGAAACAAGAAUCAUUUGCAGAGGACUCGCGUGCGCAGCAGAACAUGGGGAACAUAAAAAUGAGCUCUAUGAUGUCAUUAUAUCUGGAGGAGGGAUGGUUGGGACCGCUAUGGCUUGUUCUUUAGGCUUGGAUCCAAACUUGGAGGGGAAGAAGAUACUUUUGCUUGAGGCAGGCAACAAGAAAGUGAUGGACAAGGUCCCAGACGCCUACAGUACAAGAGUCAGCUCCAUCAGCCCGGGCUCUGCCACCCUCCUCAGUGGUGUUGGCGCAUGGGAUCACAUUAUGAACAUGAGAUGUAAGCCCUAUCAGAAGAUGCAGGUUUGGGAUGCCUGCUCGGAUGCCCUGAUUACAUUCGAUAAGGAGAACCUGCAGGACGAGAUGGCAUACAUUGUGGAGAACGACAUCAUUGUGGCAGCCCUGACAAAACAGCUGGAGAAUCUCUCUGAUCAGGUGAGGGUCCAGUACAAGUCCAAGGUGGUGAAAUACACCUGGCCCAAGUCCCACCAGGUAGCUGACGCCAUCCCCUGGGUUCAGGUCACCCUGGCCAACGGACAGACUCUUCAAACCAAACUACUGAUUGGAGCAGAUGGGCCAAAUUCGAUGGUAAGGCGGGAGGCAGGGAUACCCACGGUCAAGUGGAAUUACGACCAAUCAGCUGUUGUGGCUGUCCUGCAUCUGUCUGAGGUGAGAUUUACAUCUUACAACCUCUCUAUUUCAUCAAGACACAUAGAGGCCAUAUUAAUUGUUAUCAUGUGUUUCUAUAGCCAACAGAGAACAAUGUUGCCUGGCAGAGGUUCCUUCCAACAGGCCCCAUAGCAAUGUUACCAUUGUCGGACACAGAGAGCUCUCUGGUGUGGUCGACCAGCCACCGCCAUGCUGAGGAGCUACUGCAGCUGGAUGAGGAGAGCUUCGUGGACUCCAUCAACACUGCCUUCUGGAGUAAUGAGAACCACAGUGAACUGGUGGAGACUGCUGGCUCUCUGUUCCGCACUGCCCUGUCAGUCCUCAUGCCGUCUGCAGGCUCUGCACGCCAGCUACCCCCCAGCGUGGCCGGGAUCGGCCCAAAGAGUCGGGUCAUGUUCCCCCUGGGCAUGGGCCAUGCGUCAGAGUACAUCAGGCACCGGGUGGCACUCAUCGGGUAAAUCCCCACUCACCCCUGGGGACACGCCGUUAUUGAACUUCACAUCGGUUUGCUUUCGAAAACUGUGACUCAUAUUUGACCUGGCAUUUUGUAAAUAUAAGGAUUAUAUGCCCUUAUUCUAUGAAGGUAUAACAGGAUCAUAUAAAAAAAAAAGAUACUUAUCGACUGCAUCAAAAGAAAAAUACGGUUAAUGCCUCUAUUCAAUUAUUUCUGUCUAUUUGAAGGGAAUGCUUGCUUUGAUCCUACCCUGUAGAUGUGGUGACUAGAUUUACACGGCGGGGGUCUUUAUUUUUCUUUGCAGCGACGCAGCACACCGCGUCCACCCUCUAGCUGGCCAGGGAGCCAACCUGGGCUUUGGGGAUGUGGCCUGCCUCACUCAGCUCCUGAGCCAGGCGGCCUUUAACGGGAAGGAUCUGGGGGCCAUGCAGCACCUGUUGGAAUAUGAGACAGAGCGCCAGCGACACAACCUGCCCAUGAUGGCUGCCAUCGACCUGAUGAAACGACUGUACUCCACUAACGCUGCUCCCAUGGUUGUCCUACGCACCUUCGGGCUGCAGGCCACCAAUACACUGCCAGCCAUGAAAGCUCAGAUCAUGGCGUUUGCAAGCAAGUGACACAUACACGAGUCCUGCCGUUGCAGUUUGAUCGUACUCCCAAUGACUUUGUGAAUGGAAUGUAAAAGUGUAAAUGAAUAAAGUUAUAUUUUAUGCUC